CUCUCUAAAUUAAAAAAUCCCACCUUCUUCACUCUUUCACUUAUCACUUUUCACACUCUCUCUCUCUGUCUCUCUCUCUCUUAAUCUCUCGAGAUUCUCUCUCUCUCUCUCUCUCACGCUCACUUUCAUACUCUCGACUUGCAGAGAAUCCGCCAUGAUUGACCAUCAAAAUCUCAUCUAGAAUCUUAACCAAAAAGGUUGUUUAAGUGACUAUCAAAUUCAACAGUUUCUUUCGUUUUUCACAACAUGGUACUUUACGACCCUGCCACGUCUGCUGCCACAAGUAGCAGUGGCAGCACGAGCGCCGGCUCCUCCUUCUCUUACGCUACCAAGAACCCUCCGCCGCCAGAUAUGGAUGGCCUACUCGCCGGAGCUGGUUACAAGGUUCGCUCUUCCGAUCUACGCCAGGUGGCUCAGCGACUUGAGCGGCUCGAAACGGCGAUGGUUAACUCUCCUUCCGAACUCUCAGUUCUUGCUUCUGAUGCUGUCCACUAUAAUCCUACCGAUCUCGCCUCCUGGGUCGACUCGCUUUUGUCCGAGUUGGCUCAGCCUCCUCCCCCUCCUCUCCCGGAUUUCCCUCCUUCCGAUCUCUUCAUCGGCAACGCUGUGAAUCACGCUGCUAUUGAUACGGACAACUCCUCCUGGGCGGACCAACAGGGACAGCAACUAACUGUUGUGACGGCGAUGGAGGAGGACUCCGGUAUACGCUUAGUUCACAUGCUGAUGACGUGUGCGGAGUCCGUGCAACGCGGCGAGCUACCAUUAGCUGGCUCUCUCAUAGAGGAUAUGCGGGGUUUGCUGGCUCAUGUAAACCAGGGAUGCGGUAUUGGAAAAGUCGCCGGCUACUUUAUCGACGCGCUGAACCGCCGGAUUUUAUCGCCGCCCCAAAGCUUAGCAGUCUCGGUCAACGGCUCUGCGUUUGAAAACGAGAUUCUCUACCACCACUUCUACGAGGCUUGCCCUUACUUGAAAUUCGCUCACUUUACCGCUAAUCAAGCCAUCUUGGAAGCCUUCGACGGUCACGAUUGCGUCCACGUGGUCGAUUUCAACUUGAUGCACGGCUUACAAUGGCCGGCACUCAUUCAAGCCCUCGCGUUGCGUCCAGGUGGGCCCCCACUUCUCCGUUUGACAGGCAUUGGACCGCCGUCUCCCGACGGUCGGGACUCGCUCCGAGAAAUCGGGCUUCGUCUUGCCGAGUUAGCUCGCUCGGUUAACGUCCGUUUCGCGUUCCGCGGCGUGGCUGCUUCGCGGCUGGAGGAUGUGAAACCCUGGAUGCUCCAGGUGAGUCCGAAGGAAGCCCUGGCGGUAAACUCCAUCAUGCAGCUUCACAGACUUCUCGGCGCCGAUCAGAAUCGCAACUCACCGAUCGAAAUGGUCUUGGGUUGGAUCCGGAACUUGAACCCGAAAAUCAUGACGGUGGUGGAGCAAGAAGCGAGCCAUAACCAGCCGGAUUUCUUUGACCGGUUCACCGAGGCUCUGUAUUACUACUCAACAAUGUUCGAUUCGCUGGAGGCAUGCGCUAUGCAGCCGGAGAAGGCAUUCGCCGAGAUACACAUACAAAGGGAGAUAUGCAACGUACUGUGCUGUGAAGGCUCGGCUCGAUUAGAGAGACACGAGCCGCUUGAGAAGUGGAGAUCGCGGCUUGGACGAGCCGGAUUUAAGCCGCUCUAUCUAGGUUCCAACGCCUUCAAGCAGGCCAGCAUGUUAUUGACUCUUUUCUCUGCAGAUGGUUACUGUGUGGAGGAGAACGAAGGUUGUCUGACCCUCGGCUGGCACAGCCGUCCGCUCAUCGCUGCUUCAGCCUGGCAAGCCACGCCUAAUCCCAGCGCCCCAUUCGCGAUGAUCAGCAAUCAUCAAACCAAUGGCAAUAAUAAUAAUCUGCUGUAAAUCUUUUUGCUUGUGGUGAUUCAUCAUACGUUUACUGUUACUGUUUCCAACGAGAUUUUCCGUACUCUAGUUCAGGAGAUGAUCAAAGCUGAAUUCCAGAACCAUUUUUA